AGCCCAAGUACUUAAUAUACUUUUUUUUUCUCUGCAUGAUCAAGGACACAAUAAAAGCUAGUCUGUGGCAAUGAUGUCACUGCACUAACCAUCUAAUUAAAAUGCUCUGAUGUCACUAAUUAGAUUCCUCAUCACCACUUAGUGGCAUACAGUGGAAACUCUGAAGGCAGACAGUUCAGACCAAAUUAUGUAAAGUUGGACAUGACUUCUCAUCAAGCGACACCUCAUCUUAGUAAACAAUUUGACUUUUACUGUGGUAAGCUUAUUUGUACACUUGGGGCAAAAUAUGGAAGCGCAAAACCUUCAAUCUGAAGAAAUAACCCAAAGGUUUUCAAGACUUUGACAGUCGGGAACUAUUUAAUGAUGAUGUGACUGCUGACAAAAACAGUAGGAUACAUUCUGAAAUGUCUCUGGCAGUAUGAUCUGCUCACAUUCAGCCAAAUGCCUCAGAACUCAUCGGACAGCGCUUCACAAUGCAGAUGGACAAUGUCCCAAAAGCAAUCGAAGACUUUUUAAAAGCAAAGAAGUGGAAUUUGGACAAAACUGAAAGGAAAAUGCCCAAAGUACAAGUUAGAGCUCAAAUCUAAAAUCUGGUGAUGUGUAUGCGUUCCAAACUUCAAGCUGUAAUUGACUGCAAAGGAUUUGGAGCCAAGUUUGAGUGAAAAGUUGAUUUCUGAUUGCUUAUUUAUCCCACAUCAUAGUGGCUCCCCUAAAAAGUGUGAGGCAGGUAUACAAACUGUUGUCAUUCUUUUGGUGCCCGAAACAUCUGCAUGUUUCGCUUAUCUUAUCUCUGGUCUGUAGGUUCCGGGCGAACUCUCCGGGAGACCGUCCUGGAAAGUUCGCCCGUUCUGGCUUUGCUCAACCAGAGCUUUGUGAGCAGCUGGUCUCUGGUCAAAGAGCUGGAGAACAUGCAGGCUGAUGAGCUUAGCCCCGCACUGAGCGAAAAGGCCCGCCUGCACCUUGACAAGUACACCUUCCCUGUGGAGAUGAUGGUCGCCCUGCCGAAUGGAACCAUUGUCCAUCACAUAAAUGCAAACUUCUUCCUGGACCAAACGUCCAUGAAGCCUGAUGAUGGCGAGGAGCAGGACGGAACCACUUUCAGCUUCUCUGGAGGGUUUGAAGACCCCUCCACUUCCACUUACAUCAGUUUCCUGAAGGAGGGGCUGGAGAGGGCCAAGCAGUACCUGGCACAGUAGAGUGCGCGCGUGCGUGCGUGUGAGAUCAUUCUUGUGGCUGAACAAGUGUGAUGAGAAAGCUUCUCCAGAGUUUAAGUGGCAAAGCACUGAGAGCUGCUGAAAAGCUUUUAUUUUAUUUUUUUAAAUCGCAAACUCCACCAUUAAGUUAACCCGUAAUGAUUGUAGUGCAUUUUAGGUUCAUCUGGAAAUUUGACUAAAGUUGAAUAU